AUGACUCACAAUUAUCACAGCUUAGAUAAAAAUGAGUCAAAGCACUUGAAUAUUAUUUUCAAGUAUUGCUUUGAAGUAGAAAGAGUCGCAAGACGAGAUGACUCAUACAGCUUAAAUGUACAACCUCUAAUAAUCACUGAGGAUGGAAGUGCUGUAUUUACAAGAGAUGCUAUCAUUAAUUCAUUAGAACAGGAAAGCAUCAAUAGAAUCAACAUCUAAGCGCUUAAAUACUAUGAUGAACGAAUCAGAUCUUGGACAGAGAUACCCAAUGAAAUUUCGAUUAGGACAGAUCAAGGUCACUAAUCGGUUAAUUAAUCGCCACAAAUCGUAGAGAUGCUUAUCAGAGAAGGACCACAGAGAGAUUCCUCAAGAACUAGCCUUCAUGCAAAUAUUCAAAAUUUAGGCUCACUAGGAAUAAUUGCCCCAGUAAGAGAAUCGAGAGCUUAGAGCAUAAAAGAUCCUACAAAAGUUGAGGAACUUGAGAAGGAAAUUCAAAUGCUUAAGGAAAAAAUGAGCAACUUAGAAUCUAAAUUUGAGACUCAUUUCAUUCUCAACGAUUUUAACUCAAUCAGGUCAAGAGAUAUUUCAAUUCAAAAUAUUGAUGGUUAAAAACCUCCCGCUCUUGAUCAUCCACGUGUUUCUGAUGACUUUUAAUAUUUGACGGAACAAAUGAACUAGCCAGCUCUUACUCAGAGAUAAUCAUAACAUGAAUACAUGUGCCAUUAAUGUCAUAGUGAGAUUAUUAAGGACACAAGAAAGAUUAAUUCUCAUAGGUAAAAUAAAGCUAAUUCUACAAAAGAUGCUGGCAAGAAUAAACAUCACGAACAUUAACGAUAAAAAUCACAUAAAAUAGAUAAGCAAGAGUCUGCCAAAAGCUAUAGCUAGAGAGUGAAUUCCACGGAUGGAACUUCAAACGUCUCUAAAGAUGAAAAUGAAUAUGAAGAAUCCGAGUACUCAGAGGAUUCAAAUGAUAGAUAUCAUGAUCAAUCAGAAUUAUCAUUCUAAAAUUACAGUUAUAAUCGUCACAACGACUCUGGAAUCAGCCCUAACCAGGGUAAAAAUACCAAGCAAAAUGGUAACUAUUCUCAUUAAAAAAAGAAAUUAGAUCUGGCUUAUCUUUAUUCAGAUCCUUUAGUAUAUAGAGAUAAGGAUAAGUUAUGGCCAAUGGAUUCACCUCUAGAUACUGAAAUUGAAUUUAGGGAAAUAUAUAAAAUAUUGUCCUAGAGAAAGAAAGUAUUUACUAUAAGAAAAGAUGCUGUAAACUUUGAAAAUCUAAAACAAAUUCUGGCAGCUCAACCCUCAAUUAUCCAUAUAAGUUGCCAUGGCGACUAUGAUCUAACCUUAAAAUAAUACUAUUUAGCCUUUGAAGAAAAAGACUCUGGAAUUCUCGAUUAGCUUACCGAAGAAAGACUAGGCUCACUCCUAGGUGAUGGUUCAAAUCAUAAAGUUGAAUUAGUAUUUGUAAGUGCCUGCCACUCUGAAAAAAUUGGAAAAAUAUUUUAAAGAGCUAAGAUUCCUGUAGUUGUGGCGGUUAACUCUCAUACAAUGAUCCUAGAUGAAGUGUGCCAAUUAUUUGCAAGACACUUUUACUUCCAUUUGUAAGGCGGCUUCACACCAAGAAAGGCUUUUUAAGAGGCAUAAAAAGUGGUUAAAGGAAGUAAAAUAGAUAAAUUUUCAUGCUGUUGUGCUCAUGAUCAUAAGCCAUAUUGUAAAUGGGAAAAUUACGCAAAAAAGCAUGGAUAUGAAAAAGCUCAUUAAUUACAUAUGCCAACUUGCUCGUGUAAUAAAUAGAAUAUUCACAAGGAUAAUUGUAAUUUUUACACAAAUUUCCAUUCAGUUUUGAGUGAAUAUGAAGACCUUAUUCAUAUGACAGUAGAUGAAUUUGAUUCACCUCAAAUGGGAGAUAAGGUGAAAUUAUGCUGUUGCCAUUCAGAUAUACCUCAUGAUGAGUCAAUCAAGUUCAUUAUAAAUGGACAAGAUGAGUAUCUAGAUAAGGAAUUCUUUUAAAAGAGAAAGGACGGGGUUUUGUAAAUUGAAUAAGACGUGAAUCAGAUGAAUAAAUUAGAGCACGAUAUUGAUACUUAGAUGCUAAUUGGUAGAAAUAGAGAACUUUAAAUUAUAGUAUCGCAUCUUUUCUCUGAUUCUCCAAAAUGCAGAUUAAUUCACAUCUACGGGUAAGAAGGUCUAGGCAAAAGUGCAAUUGCAAAUUAUGCUGCUAAAUAUACCUUAGAUCGAAGAAAAUUUUAAGAUGGUGUUUAUUUCCUAGAAAUUUAAAACCGAAAUUCAGGACAAGGCUUGAUUUCUAAAAUAUGCUAAAAAUUGAUUAUUUCAACUUGUAACAAAGAAUAGCUUUGCGACAUCAUUAAAAGCUCUCACAUUUUGAUCAUCAUCGAUAAAUGCUAAAAAAUUUUAGAAUAGGGAAAGGAUUAGUUAAAUAAAACUCUAAAGUACUUAGUUAAGAAUACAAUGUUUGCAAAAUUUGCAGUUAUUACUUAUAACAAGGGAGAUAUCAUUGAAAAGUACAGAUUCAAAGUUCAAGUAGAAAUAACAGAGCUUAGCAUUUUUGAUGCAGCAAAGCUUUUGCUAACAGCAGCUGGAAACUGUAAAAGUUUAGCUUUAUACAAGGAUGAUCCAAGAAAACUAUCAAAACAUAAGAUAUUCUAAAUGAUAUCUUAUAAACCAGUAGGUAUACUUUAAAUGGUUCCUUUAGUUCAAGCAAAGGAUCUUGAUUCAAUUGUAAAAGACAUUGAGGAACAGAAAAACUAGUAAAGUCUUACAAAAAGUUAUACAGAGGAACCUAAAUAAAGUAUGGAGUUUGGAGAAUUCAGUUGGAUCAUGAAUAUAUCUUAUAGAGAUUUAUAGGCCAAGUUUUAGAAUGAAAUUUAGCUGCUAUACAUAAUGUGCUAGUUUCCAGCUGGACUCUUCUAAGGGGAUAUAGAAACUAUAUGCUAGCAAUAUUAAUAUGGAGAUUGGAAAAAAUUUCUUGAAGUUAUAUCAUAGGAUGGCAAGACACUUUUAAGUUAAACUCUGGAUAAGAAUACUCUAAAAACUAAGAUUAAAAAUUCCUUUAGAAUGGUAAUCUCAAAUUACAAUGAAGAUUUAUAAGAACAUCACUACAUAGCUUAGCCAAUCGUAUUGGAAUACAUCAAUAAAUUAGUACUCACUAAAGAAAUUUAGACAUAUAACUUUUUAGAAAGUUUCAAAUACCUAGCCAAACUGUCUAGAAAACUUUUAAGAAGUAUUAAAUUCCAAAAGAAAAAUGAGAUCGAUCUGUAUUGUGUCUCGUCUGAGAUUGACCUUGGCAUUUGGAAAGAUAAUUUAACUAAUUUUCCCUUAUCUGAACAAGAGCUAGAAUAAAAUAUGGUCUUCAAUCCAGAAAUUAAAUUCAAUAUUUAUGAGGCAAAUUUGAUAGGAUUUCUUGAUGCCCCUCUUCUCAAAUGUCACUUUUAAAAACUUGAUUAUAAAACUCCCUUCAGCUAAUAUUUAGAUGAGCUUAGUAUCAACAUACCAUCAAUUCUUAUAAUGAUGGAGAGAUUAGAAGAAGCAAAAUUAUGUAUUUAAAAGACUAAAGAGAUCGUUAAUAUAUUUGACUUAAAGUUUAUAAAAGCUAAAAGUCUUAUGGUUUAAAGCUCAAUUAUGUUGAGACAACAUUGCAAAUAUCAUGAUGUGGUUUUGCUUUUAGACUAGGCAGAAAAGAUAUUCUUAGACCUUGAAUUCUAUGAUGGAGCAGCAGAUGCGAUGUUUUUAAAGAGUGUUUCAUUGAUUCUCAGUAUCAAUUAAAAGUUCAACUAGUACGAUGACAAUGAAGAAAGCUUUGUAAGAGCUUAGUAACAUCAUUAAGGUCAUUUCAUGGAAAGAUCUAAUUCCUACGAAACAAGAAUAGAUGGAGGUUUAGGAUCACUCAAGCUUAACAUUGAUAGAGGGAACAUGUCAAAUAUUCAUACUCCUUCUAAUUCAAAUAACACUGAGACUAAUUCAAGUAAGAGUAUCAAGUAUGAGAUAGAAGGAGUCUUAUCGCAUCUGCAGAAUUCAAGGAAAUUUUACAAGAAAGCAUCAUUAGAAUAUGGAAUAGCUAAAGUUAAUUUAAUAGAAGCUGAGUUCUAAAUAGAGAAAAGCUAUGGAAGUGGAUUGCCUAUAGAAUAUAAUCCUAGAAAGCUAAUUAUGCUGUUAAUAGAUGCGAUUCAAAUUUUCAAAAAAUUCAGAUAUGAUUGCUUGCAUGUUAGAUGUCUAAGAAAUCUAGCACUUCUAAAGUACAGACAAGAUGAUUGGUAUGAUGCAAAGUAGCAUAUUGAGGAUGGAUUAAACAUAGCAAGAAAAAUCUAAGACACACAUCAGGAGGCACUAUGCAGCGAAAUUCUAAAUCAAGUUCUGGACAAAAUCAGAAUCCACUCCAAUAAUGUGUUUAUCUUUGCAAAAGCAUUCCCAUUGGUAGAAGUACUAAGUUCAAAGACAGUGAGAGUUGUAGGGACAUUCACAAGAUAUCCAUAGGAUUUUAGGAAGAGAAUAUUCUCUGAGGUAAAGAAACUUAAUAAAGUAGUGAAUCUUAAGUUUGACAUACUCUCAUUGGAACUAUUGAAUUAUGUGAAGAACUAUGGCUGCAGAGUAUUGCAUAUUUCUUCAGAUGUUUACUCCCCAGACCAUCUUUGCAUAGAGGGCAAAAAUGCAGAGAUUCAAUACAUCAAGAUAGCUGAGCUUAAAAACCUACUCGAUCCUCUUGAAAGUGGAUUGAAUGUUGAUUUGGUAGUCCUAGCCAUCCCUGAAAGUUAGAAACUGGCUUAAGCAUUCGUUGAAAUGGGAGUACCUCACGUAGUAUCCUUUGACUUUAAACCUAAUUUCCUCAGCAAUUUCAUGUAUAAUGUCUAUACUCUACCCAAGAGAUAUGACUACAUCUAUGACUUCUGUGUGGAGUUCUAUAAGAAUUUGAUUCUAGAAAAGACAAUACUUGAAUCUUGGAGAAAAGCUAAGCCCAGUAUAAACGAUGGAAUCAGAAAAGUGUCUAACUAGAUGCAGAAUUUUUCACUUAGCUAAGACGAUAUUGGGUAAGGACCGAUCUUACAUCCCUCAGAUUACAAGCAUAGAGACAAACUAUUCGAUGGCCAGUCUUUUGAUGACAAAAUGCUUCUAAAAUCAGGGCAAUUCCUAGAUACUUCAAAGAUUAGAGGCCCAACUAACAUUCAAAUUAACAAACCCUCAACACCAUAUACUGGAAGAUAAAUUGAUACUAAUAAGCUUAUCGGUAACUUGAAAAAGCAGAAAAUAAAGAUAGUGAAUAUAGUUGGGCUAGAUGGAAUCGGAAAAACAAGAUUCGUUUAAGAAACAGCUUACUAUCUUUCAACGAGAUAUGAAUUUUAAGAUGGAAUUUUCAUACUAGAUCUCAGAAGGGUCAAAACUACUGAGUAAAUUAAACUGAAGUUAAAGGAACUUAAUAUUGGAGGAAGUCAAAACCAGGAGUUAAAUACAGAUCUUUAGAAAAAGAACAUUUUGCUUAUUUUCGAUAACAUCGACACUAUAUUGAAACAUAAUAAAACAUCUUUUGAUUGGUUCUUAAUUAGUUUGGUUUAGUCAACAGAAUAACUCAAACUUAUUCUUACCUCCAAGAAGGAGAUUAAAUCUAAAGACUAUUAGUGCUUAGAAAAAUCUAUAAUGAUUCACAAACUUAAGCCACUUAAUGACAUUGAAGCUGUAGACAUGAUUUUGAGUCACUGCCAUAGGAAGAUAACUUUCGAGGAACUAUAGAUGACUGACGAUGAACGAUAGAACAUUCAUCAAUAACUUUAGCAUGAAAGUUCUGUAAAGAAAUGUUAUGGAUUCCCUAAAUAUCUUGAAUUUUUCGCAAAUUACUUAUCAACUCACAGUUUUGACAAGAUAGAUAUCAAGAAUUAUAUUCCAAACAGCAAGAAAGGCCAAAUGAAAAGGCUAUAAAAAUAAUUCGAUAAGCCUUAAUCAAAGACUAGCGAUUUUAGAGAAGGAGGAUAACCUUAGGAAAAUUCAGUUUAAUAAAACCCCAAAGCAUUUAAUCAGCAAGAUUUAAAUAAGAAAGAAGGAAAGUAAUUGGCAUUGACCAGUGGUUAUUAUAGUAGCUCUAAACUCAGCAAGAAAAUUAUGCAUCCUGAUACAAUAAUAGAAGUGGAAGAAGAGAAAGAAAUUGGAGAUUCUGGCUAAGAUGGAAUAAAGAAGAAAUCGAAAAGAUAAAAUCUGAAAGAUUAUGAAGAAGAAAAAAUCCCUAGAGAAGAUCAAAAUCAUCAAAAUUAUCAUCACUUGUAAAACGAUCAAUUCUUCAAUGAAAUGAUGGAAAGAUAAAAGGAUGAGGAGUUCUUCAAUUAAUCGAGAAGGGGAUCGAAUCUUACUAAUAAUAAUAAGAAGUUGUACAGCUCAAGUGGGGGAGAAGACAAUGAUUUCGGAGGGGUGUGCUUUGCUACUUGUGAAAAUAAGCAUCAUGGCAGUCAUGGUAAAUUUUUACAAAGAGGAUAAUAUGGCAAUACCAAUUAGAAUCCCUCACUAUUUGCUUCAGAGGAUUAGAAAAAUGAUAAAAGGUUUGGAUAGUAUUUAGAUGCAGGUGACAAUCAAGAUAUGAUGAGAGCAGACAACUUCUUCAAUAAUCUAAAUCAAAUCCGGAUUCAAUAAUAGCCAGGUAGAAAAUCAAUUGAUGUAAGAGGAGGCUUUGGAAUGGAUGGGUUUGAGCACAAUUAAUUCAACUCAGAGAGUAUACUCUUGCACAUCCCUUUGUAAAAGUAGAUUUCCUCAAGUACUAAUCAGAUAAAUGAUGCUUCCUCAGAUUUCAGAUCAAGAUCGAACUCUGAUGUAAUGGAAUCUUAAUAAUUCAGAAGACCUAGCAUAUAAAAGAUUGAAAAAGAAAAACUAGAUAGCCUGUUGUAGGCGCCUUGGGCUAAGCUUGGUAUAAAUAACAUUCAAGAUAACAACAAGCUUGAUCAAUUUGAUAGAUAGAAAUUCGAGAGAGAACUUACACACUCCCUUAUAGAUGAGAAAGAUGAAGAUGAUAGGACAGAGUCUAAAGGUACGGGUCUAAUGGACUUUGAUGAGGAGUUUGAUUUGAUUAAGAAAAACAAUUUUGGCACAGAAAUGAGUCUGGCUAAGUCUAGUAUCGAUAGUAAUGAGAAUAAUGAAUUUUCAGAUAUUACAGAGCCAGAAGAUGACCUUAUCUUUUAAUAAUAAACUCAUUCACUCUCAAAGUAGACAAGUCUCUUCACCAAUUCAAGCGGAAAGAGAUCUGACAACUUAUCUGGUGGCGGCUACUCUAUGGGCAACAUUAGUCUAAAUAGAAAAACAAAGUCAAAAAAAGAGUAAGAAUUGUAAAAGGAAAAGAUUAAGGCCAGGGUUGAAUAUGGCCCAAAAUCUGGAAGAUCAAGCAAAAACUAUCAGAAGAAGACAAAGAACAAGUUCCAGGAGUAAAAAGAGUUAAAUCAAUUAAUUAAGAGAAGGUCUAAAAAGCAAUAAGAUUAAGAAUUGAGGCAAGGUAUACUUGCUAAAAUGGAAAGUGGGUAAUACAAUCAGAGUACUAUCUCUGCAGUUGAGGAAAACAGCUAGGAUGAAGAAUCUCUAAAUGCCAAAACCAAAGAUAGAGGAAGCAACAAAAAGAAUAGAAAAGAUAUAAUAGUUAGAGAUAAAAGAAAAAACACCAAUGAAUCAUUAAGCGAAUGA